GCAGACACUGGCUGAGACAAUGGCCGUCUACGUGGAAGCUAUGUCGACCGGUGUCGUCCUGAUGCUGGUCUCAGUCACAGCAGUGUUGACAAUGAUAACAGGAGUGCAAUCACAAGUCGGUCCACCCGGACAUCAGAUCCCAGUUAAUAUGAGUGACCCGCACUUACACGCGUCGGUGGAUGUAGUUGUUGACGUCAUCAACCGAGAUCGAGGCUAUUCCGAGGACAUCCCGAGACAGAUUUGUCAGACGAUAGAAAAUGGGACGGUGCAGGUCGUGGACGGAGAGAUGUUCCGACUUCGUUUAGUGAUUGCCGACUCGGUGUGUACCAACACGGAGGCCAAUGAAAAUAAGACGUCGGCUGAAUGUGCGGUAUUGUCGCCGGGGAAGAGAAAGCGAUGCCAGACCAUCGUCAUUUAUAAUUCCUGGGAAGCCCCCGGCAUUGACGUCCUUUCGUACGACUGUGUGGACAUACAGCCCACCCCGCCGGGUGCGGAGAUGCCCAUUAAUAUGAGCGACCCGGGGGUGGCGAAGUCUGUCCAUGCUGUAGUUAUCCUCGUCAACGACAGACGGGGCUAUGCUGACAUCAUCACGCGAGUCUCCUCUGGCGGGAUAGUUGGGGGCACCGUCCAGAUAACUGACGGGAAUAUCUACCGGCUCCAAUUUACCAUUGGCGAUUCUGUUUGUAACAAUAGCAUAGAUAACUGGAAUGCCUCGUCCACAGAUUGUCCACUGUUGGAUCCUGAUAUGAAGCAACGGAAGUGCAACGCAACUGUGACGUACAAACACUGGGAAUUCCCGAUGUGUAAAGUGAUAGGAUAUACCUGCGAGCCCCCUCCGCCAGGAGACCAACGCCCUAUCGGGAAGAACGACACAGACGCUAAACUGUCAGCAGAAGCUGCUAUAUCUAUUAUCAACUACGACCGAGGCUACUCGAACCACACUUUCCGGCGGAUCUUGUAUGGGAUGGAAGGCGGUACAGUACAGAUCCCUGGUGGCGAAACGUUCAGACUGAUUUUUACCAUUGCGGACUCCGACUGCAAAAACACAGAAGAGAAUUAUAACGCUACUUCCGCUGAAUGCCCUAUACCGCCAGCCCGAUUGCCCGUACAAAGAUGUGAGUCUGAAGUCUUGGACAGAAACUGGCUGCCAAACAGAUGGUUCAUACAAAACCAAAGAUGCGAUGACAUACCGCCACCGCCAUUGCCGCCAAAGCCGAAAUAUGUAAGACCGAUCAAUAGAAGUGACCCAGGGGUCAACGCCUCGGUCAAUGCAGCGGUCAACAAGAUCAAUGAGGUCAGAGGUUAUGCGGACAUUAUCACCAGACAAUCGUUGGGAGAGGUCGUCAGUGGUACUGUUGAGGACAUGGUAGACGAGGGCCAUAUUUAUCGACUCCUCUUCACUAUUGGCAGCUCAUAUUGUAACAAUAGCAUAUACAAUGCUAAUGCCACCUCAAAGGACUGUCCACUCAUACGUACUGACCACGGGCUACAUACGUGCAACACCUCAGUCAUCUAUAUACACAAAGAGACUACAACCACGGUUGCUAUCAUAUCCUACUAUUGUGAGGUGCCACCUGGCGAUGAACGGCCCAUUAACACGUCCGACCCUGUUGUCGCUGAAGCAGCUGAUGAAGCGGUCAACGUCAUCAACUGGGACCGCGGUUACUCUGACAAUAUCAGACGUCUCGUGCUCUAUCAGGUCGAGGCUGGCACGAUGCAGGUUGUGAGCGGCGAGAUGUAUAAGUUGAUAUUCACACUGUCCAACUCUCUCUGUAAAAAUACUGAAGAUAAAGCCAACGCAACAUCGACAGAAUGUCCCAUAGAAGCAGGGAUACAAGGGCGUCCGGUACAGCGUUGCGAAUCGCAGAUUCUAUACAAGCACUGGCUAUCACAGAAGUCGGACGUUAUGGAGCACAGCUGUGUAAUGUUACCUCCCCCAACAGCGCCACCUGGAGGAGAAAAAGAAAUUAACAGAAGUGAUCCAGGUGUAGCAGAAUCUGUUGAUGCGGCAGUUGAAGUUAUCAACCAGGAACGAGGCUAUGCUGAUAUUAUAAUACGACAGUCUCUUCGGGAACUCUUGGGCGGAACUGUGCAGGUUGUCGACGGUGAAAUAUAUCGACUUGACUUUACGGUAGGAAAUUCUGAGUGCAAUAACAGCAUCGUCAACAUCAACACUUCAAAUGCGGAUUGUCCGGUCAUUCCGGGUAUGAAGCAACGUCUUUGUAACGCAACAGUGGUUUAUAAGCAUUGGAAAAUGCCACGGAGUACUGUCCUGUCACACAUGUGCGAGGGACCGUCCCCUGGUGAUCAGGUCAUCAUCAACAGAACAGAUCCUGGUGUCAGCUUUGCAAUUGAUGAUGCCAUAUCGACUAUCAAUAAAGACCGGGGAUACUCGAACAACACUUCUAGAUGGUCAUUAUACAAACUGGAAGGCGGAACUGAGCAGAUUGUAGAUGGUAGUGUUUAUCGGUUGGCAUUUACUCUUUCCAACUCAGUCUGUUCCAAUACAGUGGAACACAGCAACGCCACAUCCUCCGAAUGCCCAGUGAAGAGUGGAAAAGCAGGACUCCCUAUCCAGAGAUGUGAAUCUAAAGUACUAUACCGCCGUUGGUUAGGAAAUGUGACAGAUGUAAUGGAACACGAAUGUGAAACUUUACCGCUUCCUCCUCCAGGACCACGGGGAGGUGAUAUACCGUACAAUAAGAACGAUCCUCACGUGAUUACAGCCACAAAUGCUGUUGUUGACGUUAUCAAUGAAGACCGAGGGUAUUCCGAUCAGGUUCCACGGAAAUCACUGGUUGGCAUAUUAAACGGGACAUACCAGAUAGUUGAUGGUGAACUUUUUCAUUUGAAAUUCAUCGUUGGAAUAUCACUUUGCAACAACAGCAAGGAAAACGCUAACAAAACUACAAAAGACUGUCCUUUGAAACCUGACUCUCGAUUACGGCCUACCGAAUGUGCCGCUCUGGUUAAUUACAAACCAUGGAAAUCCAAUACAAAAGCUCUGAAUUGGACUUGCGACAAAUCCAUGAAUGUACGAAAACUCUCUGACCUUCACGUGCAGUCGGCAUUCAAAUUAUCUGGAGAUUUCGCAGCAAAUGAGAUCAACAAACAUAACGGUUAUUCUUGCUGCACAUACAAAUACGUAGUUAAAGACGUAGUCAGUCCUACUUCAACGAUCACUGGAACCGUGGAAUCCCAGCAUAUGACACUGCAUUUGGGGGAAUCAUUUUGCACGAAUAAUAAACUUAACAAAGAUCGAACUGCUGAAAGCUGCCCGUUACAACCUGGAGUACCGAUAACCAGAUGUGACGUCACUGUGUCGAUACAUAAUGGACACGAACUCUCUGUGGAUCACUACACGUGUACUGGUGGAGAUAUGGCAACGGUAACGUGGAUCCUACAAUUUUCGUUAUAGAUUAAUUUAAACUAACGAAGUUCCACUGAAUUGGAAUUAGUGAAGGCGUCCCCUCUGGUUGGCUAACUGCUUCAUAAAUCUGGUAUUUCAAAUGUUAUUUGUUUU